AUGGCGUUCUUCGCUCUGUGGUACUGUGUACUAGUUGGUUCCUUCUCUGUUUCUCUAGCAGAGAUGCUCAACCUCUCAGCUCUAUAUCCUCCUAAAUGGGAGGAGAGUCCUGGUGAAUUCAGUAACUAUACAUCAAGAAAUGGAAAAUAUGUUAUUAAUCCUUGGGUAUACCCUGAAAGAUUGGGGAUGUAUAAAAUCCUGUUAAACAAGACAGCCAAAUAUUUUCAAAGAUUUGGAAAAGAUAAUGAAGAAAAUCUCUUAUGGGGAUUGCCUCUGCAGCAUGGCUGGCAAUAUAGUUCAGGUAGAUUAGCUGAUCCCACAAGAACGACAGAUUGUGGUUACGAAUCUGAUCCUUUAUGUAUCUCAGAGGACAGUUGGUGGGCUGAUAUGAAUUAUUUUCUAUGUGUAUUGCCGGUGUUUGGUGCGGUGGAUUCUGGCAUCAUGGGGAUAUCAUCAGACCAGGUUGAACUUUUGCUGCCACCGAAGGAUGGGUCGAGGUUUUGCAAUAGUGUUUCUAGUUGUCAGUCAUCAUACCCUACCACAAUGAAAAAAUGGAAAGCCUUUUACCAGCGUAUUCAGUUACCUUCUACUAGCUUUGAUAACCUCUUGAAGUACUUAUGGGAUGCACACACCUCAACUGUAAAAGAAACUUUCUCAAAAUUUGAAGAUAGGUAUGCAUAUUACUCUAACCCUGAAGUAAAGUUUGAGAAAGAUUGGAUUACAGUUUUGGGAUAUUUUGCAUCGUUCUGGCUCCAUACAACUUUGAUUACAAUACAUGAAUUCCAGAUAGGACUGCCACCACGAAUCCUUGUUAAUGGAGAUGAAGCUCCCUUCAUAAAAGACUUUAGUAACUUUCAGAAUGUAGUUAUGCUUGGUCUGAAUCUCCUUUACAAAGUGGACAGUGCUUCAGGUUCAUCACUUUUAACGCUGUGGAAAUUUUUGAUGAAUAUACCUGGAGCGAAGACUGCAGUGCAACUGCUAACAAAAAUAAUUGCUAAAGCCUUUACUUCGUAA